AUGGACCAGAAUGGACGACCCGCCGUCCAGGUGGUCAUCAACGGCCAUGAUCAAAUGCCACCAUAUGCCUCCAAUAUGCAGUUUCAACAAAGGCCGCUAUCUGUGGAUGAAGCACUACAAUACUCAUCCAUGUCCAGCGCGCCUAUCUUUGGUCUCGACUGUAUCCUACGUCCCGAUGUUGGUCGACCCUCAAAUACUACUUCUAUAAACCAUGUCCUCCAAGAAGGCCGCAAAACACUGGGUGAACUUGACAUGGAGAUGCAAUCUGGACGGGACGAGUCUAGUCGUUUAGAAACAUCUCGAGAAUAUAUUCAACAGUUGCUGGAUGGAGACCAGCUAACAGAAUUCAAAUUCAAGCUUCCUCAGGUUCCUACGCGAAGUCAACAGUUGCGCCCAAACGAUCCUGAUGGUACUACUUCCGGUAGCAAUAGCCUUGGUUCUUUCGCACGGAUGAUGCUUACCUCUACGGACAUUGCAUUCAGAUACCCCGAAGCACCUUCAAAGACAAAACCCGAAAAGAAAGACCUCACCCCGACGACAGCUGCUUCAUUCAACCAGCGCGCAUUCCUUACGAACAGAUCGCAGUCGACAUCUUUCUCAGCCUCUUUUGAGCAGAAUCGUCCCCCAUCGAGCCAACUCUCCGUGGUUAUUCCAGUCAAACCUGUACCCCAACACAGCGAUCACGCGAAUGCGAAGAAGCAACAAUUGAAAGCCCACGGCCAAGACGCCAUGGCGGCGGUGCGACUUAAGGACCAAAAAGAGGAAGCAGAUGCGGCCUUGCAAAAGCUUCAGGACCUUCUUCACGAGGUUUUUGAAGCGGAAGAUCAAAUUGAACCCGAUACUUCGACUCCCCCAACUUCUGACACACCAAACCCCAUUUUCGUGAACCCAACAUCUCUAGAAGUGCAUGGGUUGAUACUCUCUUCUGAUGCUCACACUCGCCUCCAGAAAGCCCUUCGGAAAGUUGCAGGAUUUGACCGACUCCAGGACAUACCGUCUGAUUAUCUCAACCGCAUACAAAAAUUGUGCGAAAAGCCAAUCAUUGCUGCAAAAUCUCUCGACAUAAGCUUAGGCGAUUCAUCCAGUGAGGUUGAGUCCCAAGAGUGGCUGGGUAAGAUCGAGGAUGUCUUGAAUGCACUAUUUGCAAUCGGAACGCUGCUGCAGACGAUGUCUGGGCGUCAGACGGAGCGAGAGCUCUGCCCAGAAGAUCUUAUCGAGGCCAUUCCCACCGUUCUCAACCAUCUCUUUGACCAUUGCAUUAUUCCCGCAGUGGAAUCGCGUCCUGGUGGCAAAGAUAGCCAGCACUUCCAAUUCUUCUCGGCCCAAAAGCGGAUCAUUGGUACUCUUGUCCACCAGAGCAAGAAAGUUCUCACUCUUUUUGCAGACUUUUUGUCUCGCAUUGACGUCUCCGAGGGGACGAUCACGGCUGCGGAAUUCUUUGCUGCAAAGCUAAUAUUUGUGGAAAAUGCGCACAAUGACAAAGACUCCGCGUUAGGAUACCAGAAAUACGAGCCUGCGAGACGUGGUGCGAUGGAUGUGCUGGCAAAAGUGUUUUCAAAAUACCCUGAGCAGCGGCCGUUCAUUCUGGAUGAGAUUCUGGUCUCAUUGGAGAAACUUCCCACCACACGUCAGAAUGCCCGGCAGUUCAAAGUUGCAGAUGGAAAAAACAUCCAACUGCUCACCGCAUUAGUCCUGCAGCUUGUUCAGACAACUGCGUUGGAAACACCUUCGCGAUCGAAGACCAAACGUCGAAUCAAAUCACAAGCCGAUGACGAUGACGACGAGCUUAUGGGUAAUGGCGAGGACCAUGCGAAUGGUGAGUCGGAUGACGACGAGUCAGACGAAUCGUUGGAACGGCUGGCGAACAAGGCCAACCGACUUUACGACAAUGCUAUGCGCUCCGCACAGUACAUUGUGAAUUUCAUCGUUCAGCGUGCUAUGAACUCGACAAAAACUGGUGACCAGCCAUAUCGGAAUAUCCUGGACCUUUUCACUCAGGAUCUGAUCAAUGUACUGGGGUCGGCUGAUUGGCCAGCUGCAGAACUGCUUCUCCGGAUCUUGGCUCUACGCAUGAUUCAAAUCACCGACCAAGAUAAAAGCGCGGCGACUGCGAAGAGUAUGGCACUUGAGCUUCUUGGCUGGAUGGGAUCUGCUAUCUCAGACCUGAUAGCAACCGCCCAGCACAUGCUCCCGGCUCUAGAAGAUUCCGAUAGUGAAUUGACCGAUUACCUCAAACAACAAUUUGAGGAAUUCUCUUCUGGCGCACUGCAUCAUCAAGACCUCAUCACUCCAACGGGUCCGUAUAGGAUUGCGCUCGAGCACCUUUUACAAGACAAGAAUUCCGACAAUUGGCAACUGACCAGCGCACGGGGCUACUACUUGGCUCAAUGGGCCAAAACAGCCUGCGCCCUAUACUACAACCCCGAGGACCAGGAAGUAAUUGCACACGACGAAGUGACUGAUGAUUUGGUUACGCUCUUAACAAGAUCCUUCUCAGAUCCACGCUGGUUGGAGACCCAUAAAGAAUUCGACAAAAUUCCAAACGUGCAUGGCAAAUUUGCCUAUAUCCUCACGGUCUUGAAUUCCAACUUCGGCAAAGCAUUCGACACCAUUCUCAAAGUUCUUUUGGCCUCUUUCCUCGGUGACUCGGCCAAGGUUCGCAGCCGCAGCUUGAAAAGUGUUAUCUACAUGCUCGAGAAAGACCCGAACCUUCUUGACAGAGAUCCCUCAGUUUUGCGCGUAAUACACCGGUGUACGACAGAUGCCUCACCCAUGGUUCGAGACUCUGCGUUGCAGUUGAUCGGACAAUGCAUUGGUUUGAAACCUAAGCUCGAAGAAGAAGGAUGUCGAAGCAUUUUGGCCUGUGCAGCCGAUCAAACAGCUGGUGUCCGGAAACGCUGCAUCGGGCUUUUGAAGGAACUUUACCACAAAACAUCUCGGAAGGAAUUGAAACUAGCCAUUCUUGAUAGUUUCCUCCAACGCACAGGCGAUCUUGAGGAGAGCGUGGCAUCUUUGGCUCGCCAAACCUUUGAAGAAAUAUGGCUCGUUCCAUUCCACGAAUCCAUUGAUUCCUCGUCCGAAGGGCCGAAACUGAAAAUGGCACUCGGAGAGCAGGUAGGCCUCAUCGUUGGUCUGACCGAGCGCAGUGAAACUGCCCUGGAGUCUCUUAGCGUAUGUCUGAAAGCGGUCCUUUCGGACAAAUCCAAAUCUGCGGCAUUGAAUUUCAAAGUUUGUAAGGCGAUGGUCUCUACCAUGUUCCAGAGACUGGUGGAGGAUUCAGAUGGAUCCAGCAAGGAUUUCCAGCAAGCUCUCUUGCAGACGAUCACCGUCUUUGCCAAGUCGAACGCAAAGCUGUUUACCCCGGAUCAGUUGGAGGCCCUGCAUCCUUACAUCGGACACCUUUCUACCGCGGAUGAUCUUUUCAUAUUCCGAUCGGUUGUGGUUAUCUAUCGCUGCGUCUUGCCAUUUUUGUCAUCAUCCCACAACACCCUUCUCAAGGAAGUGCAGAAUGAUCUUUUCAAGAGUGUUGCCAAGCUCGCCCGAUCCGAGUUGAACGAAGUCAUGGCUUGUUUGUGGACCAUCAACAGUGUUCUGCAAAAUACGAACAGACUGGUGAAGUUAACAGUUUCAGUACUGAAACCAUUGCAACAGUAUAAAAGUGUUGAUCUCUCCUCGGCUACACAUGCUGCAAUCCUCGCCCGUGCCAAGAGUUAUAUUCGCAUUGCAGGUUGUGUUGGGCGGCAUUGUGAUCUUGAAAAGUAUGCAUCUCAUUUCAAGAGUGAAUUCCCCACAUGGGCCGGUGGCUCAGUUGCAGGGCUGAUGGUUGACUCCAUUAUUCCCUUCACUGCAUCAAAUUCACCCUUCGAUCUGAGGGUCAUGGCUCUCGAAAGCCUGGGAUCUAUAUGCCAGUCUUGGCCUGGUCAAUUUGGCAGAGAACGCACACGGCAGACUUUCGCUCAGGCUUUCAAGGAAGAUGCCCCCAGCCUACAAAACAUCGUUCUCCGAUCAUUUGCAGACUUUUUUGCCAUCCAUGAAGGCAAAUCAGAAAAGGCCGUUAUGCCAACCGCGGAAGCCGCCAGUCAGGAAGACACCACUAGAUUGGGUGGUUCUUUAAGAGCUAGCGACAACGAUGGUGCUGCUGCUUUGAUCGCCCAAAACUUCCUCUCAAACAUGCUUCAGGUGGCCCAAUCGCGUCAGGAUACUUAUUCACUGACUGCCAUUGAGCUCAUUGCGAGUAUCAAUAGACAGGGCUUAGUGCAUCCAAAGGAAUGCGCGGGCGUUCUCGUGUCUCUGGAGACUUCUACGGUACCUGCAAUUGCGAAAAUCGCAUUCGACACACACAAAAUGCUCCACCAACAGUACGAAUCCAUGUUUGAGCGAGAAUACAUGCGGGCUGUGCAAGAAGCGUUCUAUUACCAGCGUGAUAUUGUCGGCGACUCCAAUGGUGCUAAUCCUCGACCCUAUGUUUCGAAGCUCGCGCCAUUGUUUGAGAUCGUCAAAAUCAGCAACAGCCGUUACCAGAAAAAGUUCCUCGCGAACCUUUGCUCCAAAAUCAACUUCGAACUGAAGAAAUUGGACGUAACUGGCAACCCUCCAGAACACCUUCUACUAGCACGCUUCAUCUCCCAGAACUUGGCCCAUUUUGACUACGGCCAAUUGGCUGAAGUGGUGCCAACAAUCGCGUGUAUGGAGCGUAUCGUUUCUUCGACUGGUACUAUUAUUGCCCACGCGAUUGAGACGGAUAUAUCUCCCACCCCGAUUGGUCCGCCUCAGUUGGAUGCUUCAAAUGGCAUGAUGCCAGGGUUUGCGCCUGAGAUGCCUCAAUCGACGAUCACACCGCGGCAAGCUAACCCUGCGACAUUGAGACUGUUGGCAACUGCUGCUGCAUCAUUGUCAAUGCUUUGGGAAGCUCGAACCCACCUUCGUCGUCUCUACGGAGUCAAUGCUCAUAGCAAGAACAAAGAAGGGAAACCUGCAACGAAGGAGCUCAAUAAAACUGCCACCAAGGUGCACGGAGUGACCGGUGACAAGUUUUGGGAAGCCAUCGCCAGAAAUAUGACAGCUCUAGACAGCGAGGAAUCAAUGCUCCAAAAAUGUCGAGAGUUUGCAACCCUACUCUCCAUCGAUGAGGAAUUCAGGGUGGAUGGAGACGAGGACGCAGAAGGGGACAGCCUGGACGCUGCGGGAGAUAUCGACGAGACGGUGGCUCCUCGGCCCAUGAAGCGCAAGAGCUCCGUCUCCAGUUCAAACCUCAGCAAGCGACCUAAGGGCCGGAAGAGUUCAACCGGAAGAAAGAAGUCCAGCGUUGAGCCGGACGAGGACCUGGAUUGGGACUGA